UUGCGGUCCAGUCAUACUGCGAGUUUAAUAAGAACCUGUCAACCUCCUCUUGGGCUACGGCCUCCUUUCCUUUGUACUAUAUUCACCCAUACACAAUGCCGAUGCUCAAAGAUCCCUCCAAAAAAUAUAGGAAGUUCACGCCAUUGGACUUGCCGGACAGACAAUGGCCCUCCAAAAUCAUCGAGAAGCCGCCUCGGUGGCUGUCUACCGAUCUUCGAGAUGGCAACCAGAGCUUGGUCGAUCCAAUGGAUGGUGACCAGAAAUGGCGCUACUUCCAGAUGCUCACAAAGCUUGGCUAUAAGGAAAUCGAAGUCUCGUUCCCAUCUGCAUCGCAAACCGAUUUCGACUUCACCCAAAAGCUCGUGAAUACACCAGAUGUCGUACCCGACGACGUCUGGCUACAAGUCUUGUCCCCAUGCCGAAAAGAGCUCAUUCGUAGGACAGUCGACUCCUUGAAAGGUGCCAAGAAAGCAAUUCUUCAUCUGUACCUCGCGACGAGUCCUUGCUUCCAGAGAAUUGUCUUCAACAUGGACAACAAGCAGUCAAAAGCACUUGCGGUGGAAUGCACGAAAUACGCGCGAUCGAUAACCAAGGAUGACCCUGAACAAGCUGCUACGGAAUGGGCGUACGAGUUCUCUCCCGAAACCUUCUCAGACACAAGCCCAGAGUUCGCAGUCGAGAUUUGUGAGGCUGUGAAGGCUGCGUGGGAGCCCUCAACAGAGAACCCAAUUAUCUUCAACUUGCCGGCCACAGUCGAGAUGUCCACUCCUAACGUCUACGCUGAUCAGGUCGAGUACUUCUGUCGUAACAUGACUGAACGAGAGAAGUUUGCCGUCUCGCUGCACCCACAUAACGAUCGUGGUUGUGCCGUUGCGGCGGCCGAGCUGGCCCAGAUGGCGGGUGCGGAUCGCGUAGAAGGUACUCUAUUUGGGAACGGAGAGCGUACCGGCAACGUCGACCUUGUUACCUUGGGUCUGAACCUGUACACCCAGGGUGUUCAUCCUGGUAUUGACUUCUCAGAUAUAACGUCAGUCAUAGACGUCGUCGAAAAGUGUAACAAAAUUCCAGUCCACCCAAGAGCCCCGUAUGGAGGUCAACUGGUCGUGUGUGCGUUCAGUGGUUCGCAUCAAGAUGCGAUCAAGAAAGGUUUCCAUGAACGGAAACUGCAAGGCGCAGACUCUGAGAGUCCGUGGGAAAUACCCUACCUUCCCUUGGAUCCCCAGGAUAUUGGCCGAACGUACGAGGCCAUUAUUAGAGUUAAUUCGCAGAGUGGCAAAGGAGGCGUCGCCUGGAUCAUUCUGCGCAACCUCGAACUGGACCUACCCCGUGGCCUCCAAAUCGCAUUCUCCAAGAUAGUCCAGAAGGAAACGGAUAUGCUUGGCCGCGAACUUCUUCCCACUGAAAUCACCAAGCUUUUCGAGGAAGCCUAUCACCUCCGUCGAAACCCUAGAUUUAGUCUGAUAGAUUACGAUAUCACUUCAGACCGCUCGAUAUCGCCUGCGCCCCCAGAGACCGGCAAAUCUCAGAGCAAUGUGAACCUCCGAAGAGUGUUCUCGGGCGUCAUCGAGAUUGAUGGUCAGGAACAUAAGAUUCGUGGUGUAGGAAAUGGUGCUAUUUCAUCCCUUGCGAACGCUCUGAGAAACCUUGGUAUCGAUCUGGAUGUUGCAGACUACAAGGAGCAUGCCAUUGGUGGCGGUCGUGACGUGAAGGCCGCAACUUACAUUGAAUGUACUGCUGCAAGCUCUUCGCAGAAGGUCUGGGGUGUUGGUAUCCAUCACGACGUAGUCCAGGCAUCUCUGAUUGCAUUGUUAUCAGCUGCCUCCUCCUUCCUGUCGAGUCGCCCAAGUACGCCAGUCCCAUUCCGUCCGAGAAGAUCAAAUACACAAGAUAUCACACCGCCAGACUUGUCGCCUGUUCUGCCGAAAGACGCCCCGGCUAAUGGCCCAGACGCACCGAGCACGAUUGUCAGCAAACUCGAGUCACAAGUGAACGGUUCUUAGAUAAGAGGGUGUCACCAUUUCCUGAGUCCCAAAAGUUGUCUUUAUACCAUUUUGCCAGGGUCAUUUAGUGGAGUUGCACAUGAGGGGUUCAAAAUUGAUACAACGUGUCACUAAAAACACUUAAUAAGCUACAGGAUAGGUAGUUACACAAGAUAUGCAUUGCAUUCAGCAGGGGUUUGGGAUAUUUUUGUCUAAACCUAUUCAAGUCAUAUAGUCGGGCAUAGCUUUACAGAAUUUGAACGUCCAUAUGUCAAAUAACAG